GAAGAACACGUGUCAAAUGGUAAUCGUCUGAGUCUCCACUAAUUCCACCAUCCCAUCUCUUUCCCUCUCUCUGCUUAUAAAUAAUAUCCGCUCUGAUCCGGAAUCUUCAUUCGAGACUGAGACACUGGAGAGACAAAAAACAAAUAACGGAACAGAGAGAGCAAUUAGGGCUUUGAAUGGGGCGGAAGAAAGUGGUGCUGAAGCGGAUCGAGGACAAGAGCAGUCGCCAGGUGACCUUCUCGAAGAGGCGAAACGGCUUGAUGAAGAAGGCUCGCGAGCUCUCCAUUCUCUGCGACGUCCAGGUCGCUCUCAUCGUCUUCUCCAGCCGUGGCAAGCUCUACGAGUUCUGUAGCGGCAACAGCUUGGCUAAGAUCCUUGAGCGUCACCGGAGUCGCUUUAAAGAAGAAAUGAAGACAUCCAAUGGUCUUAAUGACAUAGAAAGCUACCAUCCAGAAUAUGCAAAUCAAGAAUCACAUGUGGAGCUACUAAAACUAGUACAAAAGCAGCUAGAAGGGCCAAAUAUUGAGCAGUUGAGUGUGACUGACCUUGCGCAGCUGGAAAAAAAGUUUAAUACUGCACUUACAUACACGAGAUCUAGAAAGAGACAGCUGAUGAUGGAGUCCAUAAUGAGCCUUCAUGAAAAGGAAAGGAUGCUAAGAGAAGAAAACGAGCUAUUAGAGAGAGAGAUUGCAGCGAUGAAGAAUAGUGAAGGCAGAGCUGAGGUGUUGAUCGGGUUAAGUCUACAUGAAAACAGCCCCUUGCCUCAUCCUCCGCAACCAGCAACACUACGUUUGCUUCCAUAGCAGUUUCUUACACCAUGUGGUAAAGAAGAGCGACAGAGACGAGGAAACACGAGGUGGUGGUGGUGGUAACUAGUAGGGUUUGGAAGAUUGCAAACAUCCAUGUGGAACACUUGGCACCGCAUGCAUGCUUAAAAGGUGAGUUGCUGACACUCUAAUCACUCACUUCUAAGACACAUAUGCCAAUGCAUGCAAUUCCCAAUUAUUUGCCUUAAUUAUGACAUUCACCGCCAAGUGGCGGACUUUCUCCUCUAUAUUGGGUGGGUUUCUUCUCUCUCAAGAACUAGGUUCGUGUAAGUGUGUGAAAAAGAACUAGGUUCUCUUAUCAAAGCUGACUUUUGUAACCUCACCGCCAAGUGGCGGACAUUCUCCUCUAUAUUGGGUUUCUUCGCUCUCGAGAACUAGGUUCGCUGACUUUUGUAACCUUUGGAGUGUGUUAAAGCAGUUUAAUUUUAGUGUCUUUAUAGACC